AUGAGAAACGGAAAAAAAAUGUAUGAAAUAAACGAGAAACCUUUGAACGGAUACGUCAAUCCGGUUAUGAACAACUCUCAAGAAAAUUUGGAUAUUAAUAAACGCAACUCUUAUGAACUUCAGAAUUCUGUUUGUGAACGACGAACUGAUUUGCAGUCCUCAUAUGAUUUAAUUUUGAUGGAAGAGCCAGGAGAUGAUAGGACCAAACGAAAGGACAAUGUAUUAAAGUCCGUUUGCGAAUAUACGGCGCGGCGGGCUAAAAAAUUGUGUACCAAAAAAAUGCUCUUCAGGCGGCUACCUAUUUUAGGCUGGUUGCCAAAGUACAAUGGAGAUGACGCAUUGGGUGAUAUUGUCGCUGGUAUAACUGUCGGGUUGACGGUCAUUCCACAGUCACUUGCAUACUCCAAUGUUGCUGGAUUACCUCCACAAUACGGAUUAUACGGAAGUUUUCUGGGAGCAUUCAUUUACAUAUUUUUCGGAUCUUGCAAAGAGGUACCAUUUGGACCCAGUGCGAUAGUAUCUUUGUUAACUUAUCAAACCGUAGCCCAUUUAAACGCUCCUGUUGAGCACGCAAUCCUUCUUUGCUGUCUUUGUGGGAUUAUACAGCUAUUCAUGGGAAUUUUCGGCCUAGGAUUUCUCAUCGACUUUGUGUCUGGACCAGUGAGCUCUGGUUUCACAUCAGCAGUCGCUUUGAUAAUUGUCACGUCUCAAAUUAAAGACAUCCUAGGAAUCCCAGCAAAGGGAGCGACAUUCAUCAGCCUUUGGAAAGGCAUUGCUGAAGGGAUUCAUCAAACUUCUCAGUAUGAUGCUAUUCUAGGAGUUUCUUGCAUCAUUGUCCUCCUUUUCUUACGGCAUGUAGCUACAAUUCAAAUCGGCCCGGCUGACGAAAAUUCGCAAACAACGAAGCAUCGAGUGGUGAAUAAACUUAUUUGGCUGACUGGAACAUCAAGAAAUGCGAUAUUGGUGAUUGUUUGCGGGAUAAUAGGCUAUUACUUUGCCUCUCAGCCGCCUUUUAAACUAAUAGGAAGUUUGCCUGGAGGAAUGCCCUCUGUUGAAUUUCCGCCCUUUGGAUUCACAAAAAACAACACAACAGUGUCAUUUGUCGAAAUGUGUUCAAAUUUGGGCAGCGGGCUUAUUGUUCUGCCGCUGAUUUCUUUGAUGGAAGUCGUCGCAGUCUGCAAGGCGUUCAGUAAUGGAAAAUCUGUAGAUGCUACACAAGAAUUAAUAGCCAUUGGAUUAGCAAAUCUCGGGUGUUCUUUCGUUCAGUCAUUUCCUGGAACUGGUUCACUCAGCAGAAGUGCUGUUAAUAACGCUUCUGGUGUUCGAACUCCACUCGGCGGACUUUACACUGGAAUACUAGUCGUGUUAGCGCUCCUUUUUCUCACACCUUACUUUUACUUCAUACCAAAAGCAUGCUUAGCGGCAAUAAUUAUAUCAGCGGUAAUUUUUAUGGUCGAAGUCAAGGUGAUAAAGCCAAUGUGGAGAACCAAGAAAUCUGACUUAAUACCAGGGAUAGCAACUUUCAUUGCGUGCUUGGUAUUGCAAUUAGAAAUAGGAAUUCUCGUUGGAAUCGGGUUGAAUAUACUCUUUAUUCUUCAUCACGCAGCAAGACCGAAAAUUUCGCUGGAAAAACUUCGGAGCUGCCGUGGCGUGGAGUAUCUUAUGUUGACGCCAGAUCGUUGCCUGAUAUUCCCGUCAGUGGAUUACGUGAGAAACCUCGUGACCAAGUACAGCCAUUGUGCUGGUAAUUCAAUGACACCGGUAGUUAUCGACUGCUCUCAUAUUUACGGUGCCGAUUUUUCGGCCGCAAAAGUCGUUGAAAGCCUUUCGAGGGACUUUGCCGCACGCAAGCAGCCGCUUUUCUUCUACAAUCUUAAGCCCUCUGUUCACGCUGUUUUUGAGGGCAUUGAACCCACCGAUUUUGUUGUUUACUACACUCAGGAAGCUCUUGACGAUUUAUUGAAGGCCCGGGGGUACUUUAAAGAAAAACCGAACUCUUCGGUACCGUAA